AUGGCUUCCAGCGUUCCCGCCGCUCACUCUCUGGACGGACUCGCUGGACCGCCGCUGAUUGGAUAUUUCUUCAGUUGGGCUCUUCUCGGCGUACUCAACGUUCAAAUCUAUCUAUACUAUGUCAAGUUCCGAAAGGAUCCUGUUCUCCUGCAAUGUCUAGCCCUUGAAUGGAUCCAGACAAUACUUCUGACCGUCGAUGCGUUUCAAUCAUUUGUCUAUCACUACGGCGACGCAGCCGCGUUGACGAGCAAGGACCGCCCUGGGUGGUACUCGCUUCCCGUUCUCUGUGGCUUAGUCUCGACGCCCGUACAAUGGUAUUUCGCUUGGCGCAUCUGGAGAUUGUUCAAGACCAUCGCUCUUUGUGGCACGAUUUGUUUUCUUUCUCUUGUCCAAUUGAUUUUUGGCAUCGUCAUUACGACAGGUGUCCAGCUCAAGGACGUGUCUACCACCAGCGAAAUUGGAUUCUCGAAGACUGCAUUGGCGUUUGACUGCGUAUUCCUUGGGGUUAGUGCCCUUGCUGAUCUGAUCAUCGCCGUGGCAAUGACCAUCUUGCUAUUGAAAUUGAAGACCGGCAUGCUCAAGACGGAUAUGAUGAUCAACAAGGUCAUCCAGUUCGGCGUUGAGACCGGUACUCUGACUGCUAGUGUCGCGAUCAUUGGCCUGAUCCUGGCCAUGGGUUGUCCGGGCAAGCUAUACUACUACCCUGUGAUAUACAUUUUGAGCAAGUUAUACGCGAACACGUUCAUCACCAACCUCCUCAACCGUUCCACAAACCGCACAACACCAAACCCCAGCGAUGCGAUUCGUCGUGUCAGCUUGGCCGGAGAUACGCUACAAGUGGACAUGGAGACGAUCGGAGAUGGUAUCCCUUUGGGAAAGACUGCACGUUGA